AUGGAAAGUUAUGAGAUAAUUAAAGAUAUUGGGUCAGGGAACUUUGGUGUGGCAAAGCUGGUAAGGGAAAAAUGGAGUAAUGAGUUCUACGCUGUCAAGUUUAUUGAGAGAGGCAUCAAGAUUGACGAGCACGUGCAAAGGGAGAUUAUAAAUCAUAGAUCCUUGAAGCAUCCCAAUAUCAUUAGAUUUAAAGAGGUGUUACUUACUCCAACUCAUCUAGCAAUAGUCAUGGAAUAUGCUGCAGGGGGAGAACUAUUUGAAAGAAUAUGCAGUGCCGGUAGAUUCAGUGAGGACGAGGCAAGAUAUUUCUUCCAGCAGUUGAUUUCUGGAGUCAGCUAUUGCCAUUCAAUGGAAAUUUGCCAUAGAGAUCUUAAGCUGGAAAACACACUUUUAGAUGGAAGCUCAGCACCUCGACUCAAAAUUUGCGACUUUGGUUACUCAAAGUCAUCUGUUCUGCACUCCCAGCCAAAAUCUACUGUAGGAACCCCUGCUUAUAUUGCACCAGAGGUCUUGUCAAGAAGAGAAUAUGAUGGGAAGGUUGCAGAUGUUUGGUCUUGUGGGGUGACCUUAUAUGUGAUGUUGGUUGGCGCUUAUCCUUUUGAAGACCCAGAAGACCCAAGAAAUUUCAGAAAAACACUUCAGCGAAUUCUUAGUGUCCACUAUUCUAUUCCAGACUAUGUUCGUUUAACUAAAGAGUGUAGGCACCUUUUAUCCCGAAUAUUUGUGGCCAACCCGGAGAAGAGAAUUACGAUACCAGAGAUUAAAAUGCACCCGUGGUUCCUAAAGAACUUGCCACUAGAAUUUAUGAACGAAGGUGAAGGUGGGUUGCAAAAUGAUGUCAAUGAUUCAUCUCAGAGCAUUGAAGAAAUACUAAGCAUAAUUCAAGAGGCUCGGAAGCCAGGUGAAGGCCCAAAAGUUGGUGAGCUGUCUGUUGGGGGUAGCAUGGAUCUUGAUGAUAUGGAUGCAGAUGAUGCUGACAUCGAUGAUAUUGAUACAAGCGGUGAUUUUGUUUGUGCAUUGUGA